AUGGUCAUCGCAAUAGUAAUCGCUUUGGGAUGCCAGAUACUCGCCGAAGCAUUCCAAACUCACGGAGCGGGCUCCAGUAACCCGCAGUUACGCAACCUAUAUAAUUUCGGAGCUCCCAGAAGUACGGCUAAGACACUAUACAUGGCGCCGAUUGGGAUACCCAAGGUAGAGUACAAGGUGCCUGGAACCCAGCGAUCCGAGUGGGAAGACAUACAUACGCGAUUGUAUAGGGAGCGUAUACUUUUCGUCAGCCAAAAACUUGAUGACGAAUAUGUGAACCUCCUGAUAAGUGCGUUGCUAUGCCUCGAUAACGAAACGCACGAAAAGCCCAUCACGCUGUAUAUUAACAGCCAAGGUGGACCGAUCAACGCGGGUAUCGCAUUAUUCGACACAGUGAAACACAUCAAAUCAAAAGUUGCGACCAUCAACGUGGGAUUCUGUGGCGCCACUGCAUCGCUACUCUUGGGAUCGGGGACACCGGGGAUGCGUGCCGCGUUGCCACAUUCCAGGGUUUUGAUGCACCAGCCUACAGGCGCAUUGCGAGGAUCAGCUGAGCAGUUGAAAAAUGACGCGAAGCAUCUACUGGAGGUCAAAACCUUACUUCACAACCUGUACAGCCGUGUAACCAAUCAGCCUCUGGACAAAAUAACGGCAGACAUAGAAAGGGAUAACUUCAUGUCUGCUGAAGAAAGCAAAGAAUACGGCCUCAUUGAUCGCAUUAUACAACCAAGUGACAGAACGGACGGGCAGAUUAUGUGA